CUAUGUCUAUAUGUAUUAAGUACACAGAUCUCGAAGAGCUAUUUCCGAGGAUCCGACAAAAUGGCUCCAAGAUCCGAUUCACAAACCGUAGCAACCGGCUCCGGUGUAUCGGACGGUUCAGAUCAAUCCUCAAUCGAUCCUAUAUUCCAUCUUCUCCGAAUCCUCCCGUUCUCAUUCCUCCGACCACCACGUCUCCGUCUCAAGAUCCCAUCCUUCACGCUUCCUUCUCCGAUGACUGUAUACGCUCUGAUCCUCCUCACGUACUUCCUCGUCGUAUCAGGUUUCGUCUACGACGUCAUUGUCGAGCCUCCGGGUAUCGGAUCGACUCAGGAUCCGGUCACUGGAACUAUUCGACCCGUGGUGUUUAUGUCGGGUCGGGUUAACGGGCAAUACAUUAUUGAAGGUCUGUCAUCUGGGUUCAUGUUCGUUCUCGGUGGGAUUGGUAUCGUCAUGCUUGAUUUAGCUCUUGAUAAGAACAAAGCCAAGAGUGUGAAAGCUUCUUAUGCUGUUGCUGGAGUCUCCUCGAUUGUGAUCGGUUAUGUCAUGAGUUUUUGGAGAAAACAGACGACGGGGAGAGAACAUUCCAGAAUACCUAGGCGAAGCAAGACUGUCAAUGGAACGGUACUCAGGCAUGAUGAACCCUUCUCUCUCCUCUCUGUUCCAGCUUCUUGAUCCGCCAUUGAACGUCCCAUACUUCACCAAUUUGCCUAAUCCCCACGACUUCUUUUAGCCGGGACUUUUUGG